UUCUUUUUUAGCUGAAAGUGAGAGUUGCAAUUCAUAGCCAAACAGUUUAUUCUUUUCCUGUCGAUCCUCUAUUAACUGAAAUGUGUAUCCAAAAUCAUGCAAGUUUCAUGACAUAAGCUUCUAAUUGUGAUUUGUGAGUCUCUAGCUAGCUUUUUUCUGGAGUUAGUGUUCUUUGAUCCUUCCUCCAACUAGAAAAUAUCCAGAGAACAUGUUUAACAACGAUCAAGGUUGUGAUAGAGAUGGCGAUACUGUUGGUGCUUUCAUCCACAGCAAUACUUCCUCGUCUCUAAAAUAUGCCAGUCUCUGGCGUCGAACCAUUACUGUUACCGUUUUGAUCUCUCUCAAUAGAACCAACUCCCCUGAACAAGAUCCACUACACUCACCAACAUCUUCUUCACCUCUUAUUACUCAUCAGACCAACUCAAAUUCUUCGCUCCAAGAAGACUCCAACACCAACAACUCGGGUCAUGAAAAUGGCGUAGUAGACUUGGUCUUAAAAGCCUACAAUAGUCUUUCCAAAAGAUCUUUCAAGAAUCAAGAUGGUUCAGCUUCAACCUCAUCUUAUGCUCCUGUGCCAGCAUCGCCUGCAGCUGACCAAGGACUGAGGAGAAACUUGUCCACUCAAUCCAGGCAUGCCAUUGACAUUCCAUCUGAUAAUGAGUUGGAAGAAAAAAGUGAACAGGAGAAACUUGUUGACCAUGUUGUUAGGAUUGUAAAAGAAAGGAACCUCAACUCACUCAAGGCAUUCGGCGGUGUGCAAGAAGUCGCUUCUGUCUUUGGUUCUCACUUGGAGAACGGAAAGGAUGAUGUUCAAGCACCAGAGCUAUGGGACACCAACAACCCCAUUCAUGCAAAAGGUUUCCUCUACUUCUUAUUAGAGGCUAGCAUCCGUUUAACCAAUCUUCUCCUAUUAGUAUCAGCCGCGUUAUCGUUCACCACUGGUAUAAUGAAGCAAGGAGCCAAGUAUGGGUGGCAUGAUGGGGUUGCUAUACUUGCUGCAGUUUCUAUGCUAGUCACUUUCCCAUCAGUGGCUAACUUUCGCCAAGCAAGAAAGCUAGAGAAAUUGCGGAAGGAGAAAAACAAAUUGGAAGUAGAAGUUGUAAGAGGUGGAAAGAGGCAAUUCAUUACGGUAUCCAAUCUUGUAGCAGGUGAUAUUAUGCAUUUGAAGGAGGGGGAUCAAGUUUCGGCUGAUGGUUUGAUUGUGAGAGGUAAUGGGUUAGUGUUGGAUGAUGUACUAAACCCUAAUAUUGAUGGUGACCAUAACCCUUUCCUCUUCUAUGGCUCAAGGGUAAAGCAGGGGGAUGGUGUCAUGCUUGUGACAUCUGUUAAUUACCAUAGGACACUAGAUAAGUUGAUGCGCUUGGUGAAACCUAAACCUGCUGAGAAGUCGUUGCUUGAAGCUCAGACAGAAAAGCCAAAUACUUUUAUGGAGAAUCUUUCCCUUAUUGUCUCUGUACUUAUUGCUCUUGUGGCACUUAUACGCUUGUUCCACGGGAAAAAUGAUGGAGGAGACGAUGGACUUCCUGAACUGAAAGGCAACGUUACAGUGGGCAUGCUGAUGAAGAUGUUUGAGAAAAUUUUUUUAGUACCUCAAGGAAAGAUUAGCAUUCUCGCAAGUGCUCUUGCUGUGGCAGUUAUAGCAAUACAGCACGGCAUGCCUUUUGCGAUUACAUUUUCCCUCUCUUGUUGGAAUGAAAAGCUGGAGAGAAUUCAGGUAAAACCUCAGAAUUUAUCAGCAUGUGCCACAAUGGGGAUGGUCACAGUUAUAUGCAUUGACGCAACUGGUGGGCUAGUUUGUAAUGAGAUGGAGGUGAGCAAAUUUUGGAUUGGUGAAAAUGAUUUGAACAAUGAUUUGGACUAUGAGAUUGACCAAGCUGUUGUUGAAUCUCUAAAGCGAGGAAUUGGUGCAUCUGUUCUUUUGCCUGAGACUUCAGUUAGUCCAACCAAUGACUUAUUUGUUUCUUGGGCAAAGUUAAGAUGGAAUUCUGAUGUGGAGUUUCGGGAUCGAAAUAUUUCCCUCCUUCAAUAUAAAGUAUUGAGCUCUAGCAAGAAAGGUUGUGGGAUGUUGUUGCAGAAUAAUGGUGAUGAAGAAAAAAGUCUUCAUAUGCACUGGACCGGAGCUGCAGCAACAAUACUGGAUAUGUGCUCACACUACUAUGAUAGUAAGGGGAACAGUCAUACAAUUAGUGAUGGAAAAAGUAAAUUUCAGAAUGUGAUUAAAGAUAUGGAAGAUAGUGGUCUUAGGCCUAUUGCAUUUGCUUGCAGGCAAACAGAGGUUGCAGAAAUAAAAGAUGACGGUCUGCAUUUGUUGGCAUUAUUUGGUCUGAAAUCUCCAUGUCCGGAAGAGAUUAAGUUGGUAAUAAAAGAUCUUAGAAUGGCUGGUGUAAGGAUUAUAUUGGUGUCAGAGGAUGAACUCUCAGCAGUAAGAGCCAUAGGUUGUGAACUUGGAAUCUUUAGGCCUGUGGCAAAUGAUGUGGCACUUGCUCUGAAUCCCUCUCGAAGGAUUGAAAAAAUAGAUGAUCGAACAACUGUGUUGGGAAGUUGCCUUCCUGAGCACAAACUUUUCGUGGUUCAGUCUAUGCAACAAACAGGUCAAAUAGUUGCAUUCUUGGGAGGUUCAUCAAGCAAUGACACUCCAGCUUUAAAACAAGCCGAUAUAGGGAUCACUGAGGAUACUAAGGGCACUACAUUGGCCACAGAGAGUGCCGAUAUUGUAAUUAAAGGUAAAAGUUCAUUACAUCUAGCUUUGGAGUUUGGUAGAUGUGCUUACCACAACAUUCAAAAGUUCAGUCAACUUCAGCUGACUGUCUGCAUUUCUGGCUUACUGAUAACCUUGGUCACGACAAUGAGUACGGGAGAAUCUCCAAUCUCAACACUUCAGUUGAUUUGGGUGAAUGGUAUAGUGUGUCUUCUAGGUAGUCUAAUGAUGGUGAUGGAGUUACAGUGCCAGGAACUACUCACCAAUCCACCAGGUCAGAGGACCCAGCCACUCCUUACCAAAGCCGCGUGGAAAAACAUAGUAAUUCAAGUUCUAUGCCAGGCUUUGGUUCUGCUGAUCUUUCAAUUUAUGGGGCAAGAUAUACCCAGCCAGAACAAAGAUACUCUGAAAGCUAGGAUCUUCAAUAGUUUCACUCUAUGCCAGGUUUUCAACCAGUUGAAUGCCAUGGACCUGGUGAAGAAGGAGGUGCAAGCAGUUGUCCGAAGAAACUAUAAGUUUUUGGUGGCUUUGGGGAUUGUUCUAGUUAUGCAAGUGCUUGUGGUUAAAUUUCUGAAAAGUCUAGCUGGUUGUGAGGUGUUGAAUGGUGUGGAAUGGGGCGUCUGUUUCAUUCUAGCUGCACUACCAUGGGGCCUUCAUUGUGCUGUAAACUUCAUUUUACAUUCCCUCUUAAACUGGUCAUCCAGGUCAGGGUUUCCAAGUAGGCAGAAUUGGCAAAACUUAUUGUGGUUGAUCAUUCCCUUUCCAAUGUUCGUCUUUAACAUAUCAUUCGAACUCCGAUGUUACCCAAACUUAUUUGUCAGGUAUUGCUGAUUAGAAGUAUCAAGACAGUGUUGUAAUUAUUUGUAAAUAAAGCAGUGUAAUCUUUUGUAGUGGGCCACUUCUUUAGUAUCACUUUAGAAGUACUGUAACAUGUAACUGGAAAGUUUGCGCUUCCUAUCUUGGUGUAGGAGAGCGGUGAGGUCUCUGCCACUUACCAAGUUAUGAAUAAACUGCAUUCAUUUUGGGAAUUCAAUGAUGGUGCUUCUUUUCCCAUUUUCAAAAUUUAUCAGUAUUGAAUGUCUGGAUUCUUAAAAGAGUUAAAAUGGGAAUGGGAUGGUACUGCCAUAACAUGCACAGCAAUAAUUGCUAACUAAUAAUGUCAAUCCUGGAUGAUUUGAUAUGUUUGUUGAUGCAUA